UAUCAGCAUUUAAAGCAAAGAUUGCAUCUUCAGAUUGACAGCCUGGCUACACCCGUUGAAUCGUAUUACAGGCUGUCCCAUGCGCUUUCUGAGGUGCGAAAAGUUAUGCUUCCAGAGAGUGGUGAGAUUCCUCCUCCCCCUUGGGGCAAUCAAGCCUCUCCUGUCCCUCGUGGGGGUGGCCCAAUGAGGGGUAGGCAUCCCAGAGGUAGGGGCUUCCCUCCUGGACCCGGCUUUCCUCCUGCACCUACAUCUUUUCCACCUCCCCCAAAUGGAACUCCGCCAGGAUCCAGGGGUAGAGGGCUCCGCGGGAGGGGGAUUGGUUGGGUCUCGCGUGGUGGACAGGUGGCCUCAAACGGAACGGCAUCGAGUCAAUCUGCUACUACCGGUGAUUAUGGCAACGGCGUCGAUGCGUAUCCAUACCCUCAGAUAAAGUUCGAAGGUGAAUAUGAAAAUGCAGGAUAUGAAGAUUUUGGGACUGGUUAUGCUACUUUUAACCAAUCUCUCAACAUUUUUAACCCAGGACAAAGCGAGACUUGGGGCAAGAUGGGCGGCAGUGAUGCCCGUGGCCGCGGCCGGGGUCGUGGUCGCUCACAUCCAUAUGCCCGUCCGGCGCUAAAGGACGAUGCCCAAUAA